AGAACAAAGAAAUGGGUGGGAGGAGAAAUAUUACGCGGCCUCUGGCGGCGGCGGAUCGGUGCUGGCGGAGCAGUGGUGCCAGCUAAUAGCUUUCAUCUCCUUUGACAAACUGCGGAGCAUUUAACUUCUGACAGUGCCUUUUCAACUGAGAGAGAAAGAGAGAGAUUGACGACGAUGAUGAUGAUGAGGGAAGCGUUAAUGGCGCUUCUCCUUCUUGGCCUUCUGAUCAAUCUGCUCAGCGGAGCUGCAGCUGAUACAGAAUCAAAUGAUGCCUCUGUUCUACGGCUCAUGUUUUCCAGCCUGAAUUCGCCAUCUCAGCUAUUAAGAUGGACGGCAACCGGUGGUGACCCUUGUGGAGAAUCAUGGAUGGGUAUAUCUUGCUCAAAGAAUAGAGUUACCCAAAUCAUAAUUGCAAGUCUAGGGCUCACGGGAUCGAUUGGAUUCCAAUUGGAUCAACUGAAGAAUGUAACCGAACUUGAUGUAAGCAACAACAAUCUUGGAAACCAGUUACCUUAUCAGCUUCCUCCAAAUGUACAGACACUAAACCUUGCUGGCAAUGGUUUUAGUGGUCAAGUCCCAUUUUCUAUUUCACAAAUGACUUCUCUUCAAUAUUUAAAUCUGAGUCACAACAAUAUUCAGGGCCCAUUGAAUGAUAUGUUUGGAUCCCUUUCUUCUCUAUCGACAUUGGAUUUCUCCUCUAAUUCUAUGGCGGGUGAUCUCCCUCGAAGUUUUUCGUCACUUACAAGUAUGAGCAGCAUGUAUUUGCAGAACAAUCAGUUCACUGGGACAAUUGAUGUCCUUUCAAAUCUACCUUUUGAUAAUCUGAAUGUUGAGAACAAUCGUUUUACGGGAUGGAUUCCUGAGCAGUUAAAAGGCAUACAGAGAUUACAAACGGAUGGUAACACAUGGAACUCAGGGCCUGCACCCCCACCCCCUCCUGGAACUGCUAGUAGCCCCCCCAGAAAUCACCAUGGAAGCGCGAAGAGGCCGUCAAAUGGUGGAGGCAAUGGCAAUGAUGGUGGUGGAAAAUCUGGGAUAGGUGGUGGAGCUGUCGCUGGAAUAGUAAUAUCCAUUUUAAUAGUUGCAGCAGUUGUAGCUUUCAUUAUUAUCAACAGAAGAUCAAGAAUAAGAAGAUCAACUGAUAUAGAAAAGAGGGAUAACGAGAUCUUUUCUCCUCUUGCUUCAAAGGGUAAUCAAGAGAUGAAAUCUAUUGAACCGUUCUCCACAAUGAGCACAGAAACAUUUCAGACUCCUGUUGUAGUAAAUCUAAGACCUCCCAUGGCUCCGCCAAUCAACCAUCACCAAUCUUUUGAUGAAGAUGACGUGUUAGCAAAACCCAUUGCCCCCCCAAACAAAGUCAGUACAUCAAAGAUAAGUGCUACUCGGUAUUCUAUAGCAGACUUGCAGAUCGCUACAGAUAGCUUCAGUGCUGAAAAUCUUCUUGGUGAGGGAUCAAUUGGGCGUGUUUACCGGGCUCAAUUUCCAAAUGGGAAGGUUCAUGCUGUAAAGAAAAUUAAUUCUUCUGCUGUCCAAGACCCUGAAGAUUUUCUGGAGUUGGUUUCUACAAUAUCACAGCUACAUCAUGCGAACGUGACUGAACUUGUAGGGUAUUGUUCAGAGCAUGGACAGUAUCUGCUGAUUUAUGAAUUCCACAAAAAUGGCACUUUGCAUGAUUUUCUUCAUCUAUCAGAUGAGUACAGCAAGCCACUAACUUGGAACAGCAGAAUUAAGGUUGCUUUGGGGACAGCACGAGCAUUGGAAUACCUACAUGAAGUUUGCUCGCCAUCAGUGGUUCAUAAAAACUUUAAAUCUUCCAACAUUUUACUUGAUUUAGAGCUCAAUCCUCAUCUAACAGAGUGUGGAUUAGCAAGCCUGAUAGCAGAUGGAGAUCAGGCUUUGAGCUACAACGCAGGGUCUGGUUAUGGCGCACCCGAGGUUUCCAUGUCGGGGCAGUAUACCAUAAAAAGUGAUGUGUACAGUUUUGGGGUGGUCAUGUUGGAGCUUUUAACCGGAAGAAAGCCAUUCGAUAGUUCAAGGCCAAGAUCCGAGCAGUCGUUAGUUCGAUGGGCUACUCCUCAGCUACAUGACAUUGAUACCCUAUCUAAGAUGGUUGACCCAGCACUCGAUGGACUUUACCCAGUCAAAUCCCUCUCCCGCUUUGCUGAUGUCAUCGCUCUUUGCGUCCAGUCGGAGCCGGAGUUCAGACCACCCAUGUCAGAAGUUGUUGAAGCAUUGGUUCGGUUGGUGCAACGAGCAAACAUGAGCAGGAAGACAUCACUCAAAACGGCUGCAGAUGACGAAUAAUAAUGAUAAUCAAACAGAUCAGAUCACACAGAGUUUGUCAGUUAGAGCCUUUGAGUACUACACAGUUCAGGUGGUGAAAGGUUUCUCCUCUGCACAAUCUAUGAGCUGUUUAUGUAUAGCGUGCAUUUAUUCAUUGUUUAUGUUCUUUUUUUUGGGGGGCUGGUCAAAUAAUUUGGAAGGAAAUUAAAUGUAUUUGUGAAAGAAGUAUAUAGAAGAAAGAAAAAUAAAAUGAUAUACGCACAACAAUUUUUAUUGUGUACAUGUUGAUGACAACUUGGUUUUGAUGUU